UCUACAUCUCGACCUCACGCUCGGACAUCGAACGAUUCUGUGGAUGUGACCAUAUCUGUCCGUACACUAUUUACCCUCCAAGCUCCCAGACUCCAGUAUCUCGUGGGGAGAGGUACAAAUUUUCCCGUAAACAGCACGGUCACUCCGAGUGAAGUAGUUCAACCCCGGCGGUCAACAAAGUCUCAAACCCAGCGCUCAAUGGAGAAAGGUACGGAUGCUACGCCAGAGGAGACACAUUCACUCCUACUAGAGCGGUUUCGAAUUUUCGGCCCAGAAGAUCUUGAAUUUCGGCGUCUCGUGGAGGAAGGCGCGGGGUUUUCGCGAAAGGAAGCACACUCGCUCCUGGUGCACUAUUUCGAAAUGUCCGGCCCGGAAGAGCCUAGAUUUCAAUACCUCGCGGGGAUGGGUAUAGGUUUUACGUCAGCGGAGGCGCACUCACUCCUAGUGAACUUUUUCCGAAGUCUGGGUCCGGAAGAUCUCAGAUUUCGACAUCUUGCGGAGAAAGGUGUAGACUUUACGCCAGGGGAGCACUAUGCGUUAUCACUGUACUUUCUUCUAAAAGGAGGACCGGGAAGUGUCAGGUUUCAAUACCUUGCUGGCCGAUUUAAUCACGACAAGCCGCUCCUCAUACAACACCUCGAUCCGAAUCUCAACUAUAGUGCCACUCGGAAAGAUAUUUUACAGCAUAUCAAGAAGCGAUCUCCAGUAUUUGUCAUCGAACGAGGGGACGGCCCUCGCUUCCUCGGAUCCCAAGCUUUAUUUCAGGUUCAGUCCGAGCAUUUCCGCCUCCUACUCUCCCCGAAGUUUGGAUUCAAACGCAAGGUCCUUGACCCCGCCGACAACGAUUUCCCCGGCUGUGACCCGGACCUGAUGGCUGCUAUGAAAUGCAUGAAAGAAUCAAAUAUCGAUGUCCCCGUCUUCAGCGACCUAGAUUAUGACGACUUCACAAACACCCUUGUCCUCAACUUUUGCCAAGGUGUCUCGGAUCACUUCAGUUUCGUUGAACCGGCAGGGAAAACUCGGUUGGAUUGUUUGUUGACCAUUCUCAAAGCAUCUAGCGUUUACAGCAUCUUUCUCCUUCAUCAGGGCGUCCAGGAUGAAAUCAUCUUAGAACUCUCAAGACUCGAGCGUCAGGGAGAUAUUUCCGAGUUAGUGGAGAUGAUUAAAGAGGAUGCGCCGCCUGAUGCGAAUAUUCUACAUCGAUGGGUUCAAGGCAUUGCUUAGGAGCUUAGUAUAGGGUAAUCUGGCAGUACCUUUAAUACUUCAGCCACUGAGUUAAAGGCUUAACCGUAGUGUGUUGGGCUUAGUCUCCUUUGGGAUUUUGUAUAGCUUACGUACUUCGGGUCCUUUUAACUUGAGAUUCGCGGUGCCAGUGG